CUUGAUCCUUGAUGCAACUGUCCUGACUCCUGGUGAAUCGUGAUCUGCCGAGUACUUAUAUUGCCAUCAGCGUGAAUAAGUCUCCCGUAUUGCUCCCGUAAUGGUUUUUCAAGUUACAUAAAAACUGUCAUCCUUCUUUUCAAGCUGACGCGCUGACCGACAGGCUAAUUUCCGACACUUCGGAGUUUACGUUUAGCUCUGCCGCUGUAGUGCGUAUAGCGUUAUGUGAACUGACACAUAUUGACAAAGCAUGUCGUAGGCCAGCCAUCUAAUCAUCCCAAUCGCCACGCCUGUAUAUAAACAACCAACGACUAUGCUUGACCGUCAUAUCUCGGUACCAUGGGUUUCUUCUCAAAGUCAUUCGACCCAGUCACUGACCUCCCAGACUUGUCUGGUAAAGUCAUACUUAUCACAGGUGGCAAUGCAGGUAUCGGCUACUCGACUGUGAAGCACCUGGCACGUCGUGGUGCUAAGGUGUACAUGGCCGCACGCAACCAAAGCAAGGCAGAGGAGGCGAUCGCGCAACUGAAAGCAGAGGGACUGGGUCCUGGGAACGGCGAUGUUAUCUGGUUGGAACUCGAUUUGAAGGACCCUCGAAAUGCGAAAGAAGCGGCAGAGGUAUUUAUGAAGCAGGAGAAGAGAUUGGAUGUUCUCAUUCACAAUGCUGCGGUGUUUGUUGAUAAUUACGCCAUGACGCCGGAUGGAGUUCAGGAGAUAGUGAUGGUCAAUGUCAUCAGUCAUGUCGUUCUCACACGCACCCUCCAACCGCUGCUGGACCAGACAGCAGCAGAACCAAAUUCAGACGUCCGCAUAGUCGUUGUCGCUUCAGACGCCCACCGGUUUGUAUCAGGGAAACCUCGUUUCCGUAACCUUGAUGAUCUUAACAACGAACUCAAGAGUUCCCUUGCACCCAGCUUCGCGCGUUAUUGCGUGUCGAAACUCAUGAAUAUACUCUACGCUUCUGAACUUCAGCGACACCUCACCGCUGUUGGCUCUCCCAUCACCGUCAUCGCCAUUCACCCUGGAGCAGUCGACACCUUCUCUCAUAAAUCGCCCCUCAAGUUCAUCGUCAAGCCUAUCGUGUCCCUCUUCUUUGUACGUCCAGACCAGGGUGCAUAUACCUCGGCGUUUGCAGCUGCGUCGGAAGAAGUCGCCAAGCAGCGCGAGAAGUACAAGGGUAUGUAUUUAACGCCACCAGGCAAGCUAACAGAGCCGACGAAGGUGUCGAGGGAUGAGGGGCUUGCAAAGGAGCUUUGGGAUACUGUGGAUAAGUUUUUGGAGGAGAAGGGGAUUUGAUGGAAGAUUUGUUUUAUUGAUGAGCUGAGAUUGAUGCACGACGAGCAGCCGUACCUCCAAGAGGUGUUGAAUGGAAAAGGACGUCGAUCUCAGCUCUACAUUAAGAUAGAACAAUGAUCUCUGUUGAUGUGUUGUCAUGUACACUUGCAUGACACUGGUACCCAUCCAGGCUGUGCGCUUUUCCCCUCAUUUUGUUUAGUACAAAUGCAAUGCUACGUAUAUAAUUAACUGUACACUACAAAUUGUAAUACACAAAGUAUCUCUGUUAUCUUCGCAAA